UCAGGACUGUCUUCUGAUUGGCUGAGCCCAGCGGGUGGGCUCUAAAAGAGGUUCACUGGAACUGUGACUGUACAAAAGGGAUCCAAUCAGCCGAGAGAGACGGUGACGGAGAGAGAGAGUGAGAAAAGGGAAGCCCUAACCUCCUGUUGCAGUUUGCCGUCUGGAAAAGAAGAAUUGCUGUGUACAGUGUUUAUUUCUAGGUCAUGAUGCCCCAGUGUGAGAGAGCGCGGAGUAUAAGUGGACGUCCAGAAGGGCCGUAUCGAGCGGUAGAAUGUGUAGAUGCUCUCGUUACACAGGACUUUGAGGGCGUGGACACGCUAGACAAACUUUUUCUAUAUGCAGUGAAGAAAUUCAGUAAGGCAUCCUGUCUGGGCACCAGAGAGGUCCUUAGUGAAGAAGAAGAAAAACAACCUAAUGGGAAGAUCUUUAAGAAGUUGGCCCUGGGGGACUACAGCUGGAUGACCUAUGAAGAGGUCAGCCAAAAAGUGGAAUCUUUUGGCAGCGGUCUGGCAGCUUUGGGCCAACAGCCACGUAAUACAAUUGCCAUCUUUUGUGAGACACGGGCAGAAUGGAUGAUCACAGCACAGGCUUGCUUCAGACGCAACUUCCCAUUGGUAACGCUGUAUGCAACUCUGGGUGAGGAUGCUGUAGCUUAUGGUCUGAAUCAAUGUGGAGCCACUCAUCUCAUCACCAGCACAGAACUGCUGCAGACCAAACUAAAGAACAUCGUGAGUGCAGUUUCGAGGUUGCAGCAUGUUAUCUAUGCCGGCAGUGGUGAAGUAUGUCAUGCUGAUUACCCACAGUCUCUUACUAUGCACAGCAUGCAGGAAGUAAUGGAGCUAGGGGCAAAGCCAGAGAACUUAAGUAAAGAGUAUGACAGGCCGACUGCGUCUGAUCUCGCAGUGGUGAUGUAUACCAGUGGGUCUACAGGGAAGCCUAAAGGAGUGAAGAUGCAACACAGUAAUCUGAUUGCAGGAAUGGCUGGUCAGUGCCAGCGGAUCCCAGGCCUGGGGUCUCAGGACACAUACAUAGCUUAUCUCCCAUUGGCUCAUGUGCUGGAGCUGACAGCAGAAAUAUCCUGUCUAUCAUAUGGCUGCAGGCUUGGAUACUCCUCCCCACACACACUUACAGACCAGUCCAGUAAAAUAAAGAUCGGUGGUAAGGGAGAUUGCUCUGUGCUGAAACCCACCCUGGUAGCAGCAGUCCCGGAGAUCAUGGACCGUAUCUCCAAGAAUGUUAAUGGGAAGUUGAGAGAGAUGUCUGUCAUUCAGAGAACUCUGUUCAAAGUGGGAUACAACUUCAAGCUGCAGAAGGUGUCAAGAGGAGCUGAUUCUCCGGUGUGUAACAUGUUGUUUUUUAAGCGUGUGAAUUUGCUGCUGGGAGGGUGUGUACGCCUGAUGUUGAGCGGUGGAGCUCCACUGUCUGCUUCCACACAGAGAUUUAUGAAUGUGUGUUUUUGCCCUAUUGCUGUGGGUUACGGCCUUACAGAGACAUGUGGAGCCGGAGCUAUCUCUGAAUUUUCUGAUUACAGUACAGGACGAGUUGGAGCUCCUCUCAUUUGCUCUGAAAUAAAACUGCGAGACUGGCCUGAGGGUGGUUACACCAGUCAGGACAAGCCACACCCACGAGGGGAAAUUUUGAUUGGUGGACCAAAUGUUGCCAUGGGAUACUUUGGGAGUGAGGGGGAGGGAGAAAAUGACAACUUCUGGGUGGAUGAGGCCGGGCAGCGCUGGUUUUGUACUGGAGAUGUUGGAGAAGUUCAUCCAGACGGUUGUUUGCAGAUUGUGGAUCGUAAGAAGGACCUGGUAAAGCUGCAGGCAGGUGAAUAUGUGUCUUUGGGGAAGAUAGAAGGUGCCCUGAAAAACAGCCCCCUCAUUGAUAACAUCUGCGUCUAUGCCAGCAGUGAUCAGAACUACUUGAUCAGCUUUGUGGUGCCUAACCAGAAGCAACUGACUGAGAUUGCAAAAAAGAACGGGAUAGAGGGCGAGUGGGAAGAGCUUUGUAACCACUCCAAGAUGGAGGAGGAAGUACUAAAAGUCAUCAAAGAGAUUGCAGUCACACAUAAACUGGAAAGGUUUGAGGUUCCACAGAAGAUCCGUUUAAGUUCUGAGGCUUGGACUCCAGAAACAGGCCUGGUGACGGAUGCCUUCAAACUGAAGAGAAAAGAGCUGAAAAAUCAUUAUAUAAAGGACAUUGAGAGGUUAUAUGGGGCUAAAUGAUGUACAUGCAACACUCAUCUAGGCUGAUUCCCAAUUGGUGUACUAUGCUUUGUAUAUUACCAUCCCUCCAAAUCAUAGUAUUGCAUCAUAAUGCAAUUUUAUUGUGGUCCUGUCACACUCCAUACACUAGACAUGAAAAAGUCUGCCAAUUGGGAUUCAUCCACAUGUAAAGUCACUGCCAAUUCUGCUGAUCUCAGUAGAAACACCAUUCUGCCCUCUGCUGGAUGUAUGUAGUCAUUGUUUUCUCUGUGAGUAAGUACUGUGAGGACUAGAUUUAUUUAAUGGCAGAAAAAAUGUAUGCAUUACUGUUAUACUAUUUUAUAAUUUUUUCUUUUUACUUAUAAAGGUCCCUUAAAGCAUAUCUAUGUCAAAUAUUUUUUUUAAAUGUUCAAAAAUUGCCACUUUACUUGAAAGAGUUUUUGGGAUGCAAUUGGUAAAUGUAAUUUUUUUAGUUGCUUGGUGUUUGCUUAAUUGUUUGUUUGGAGUCCACUAAACAAAAGCUGAUGCAGUUUUGUUUAGUGUGAGUCACCCCACUUAUUUCUGAUGGUAAGAGUGGUUAAGACCUUCAGGAAUAAAGAUGGGAACUGUGUAAACUACAGAAUAUAAUGUGGGAUGAGUUUAUGUUUACAUAUGUAUGGGAAAUAUUUUUUUCUGUAUACCAUUGACAUGAAAGGGAGGAUUCUUUUUAUGAUUGUACAUUUCAUCUUUGGUUGGGUUGUUCAAAUGCUCAUGCACAGAUGAACAGGUCUAGGGCAUCAGAGAUAAAACCUGGGAAGUCAUAUUUUAAAGUCAUAUAUAUAUAUAUAUAUUGCAUAGUUUUGUUUUUAAAAACUGUAUCACCAUUCCUCAGUGUAAUCAGUUUUUUAUCACACAGUUUUUAUCAUUUGCCUAAACAAACCAAAUAUCCUGUUAUUGUUUUCCUGUUUGUUUUUAUAUCUGUGCUUGAUUUAGUAGUUUGACAACGUUUGAGACAUUUUAAAGGUUUAUAUGUUUUUUACUUUAAGCUCUAUACCUGUGAACUGUUCACAGUUUUUUUUCUGACUGAGAUAUAUUCUGAUACCACUCGUUUUCUAUCUAAACACAUCCCUUUUUCCUUCUCUGUCCACUGUCAUUUCAGAGUUUUGACACUUCUUGUAUUCUCUUGCACAUUUCAGGUGUGUUGAAACAGUCCACUUGCAAUUAUUGUGUAUCGCUCUCAUUUCAAAGCUGGAUUUUCCAAACUGGGCACACAGAGUCAGGCUAUUUCUCCUUAUUUAUCUGUCAAACCUUGUUUUCUGUGCUUUGUUAUCGUUGAAUCCCUCCAUCUCAGCCUGUGUCUGGAGAGCUAGAAGUUUAACCCUUGGCCUUUUCUGUUAGAACUGUUCAUUUCUCAUGUCAAAGUCUGCUAUAUUGUUAGGUACUCCUCCAUUUCAUUUGAAAUAGCUGACAAAAUAAAACUUUUGAUGUCUUCAAAUCUG